AUGGAUCCCAAUAGACAUAAACAAGAACAAACAAAACCAGUUCACUAUCAACAAAGACUUUCGAUUGUUGAAGGCAUGGCACGUACAGCACCAACUUGUGCCGCUUUCGUCCAAGCAAUAAGUCUAUUUCGUGAAGCAAAUACAACUAGCGACAUAUCUUUAUCAGCAGAACAGAAUAUGGCAGAAACAAAAUCUCUACGAACGGAUUCAAACCUUAGUAAUAUGUCGUUACGAAGAUCAUCAAUUCCGUUUGUUGAAAAACCACAAGGCAUUGCACGACGUGGUGCUUUACGACAAAAAAAUAUUUACACAGUUAAAGAUCAUGAAUUUAUUCCAAGAUUUUUUAAAACGCCAACAUUUUGUUCUCAUUGUCGAGAUUUUAUUUGGGGUUUUGGAAAACAGGGUUUUCAAUGCCAAAUUUGCUCUCUUGUUGUUCACAAGCGUUGCCAUGAAUUCAUUAGUUUUACCUGUCCUGGUGUCGAUAAGGGAGCCGAUUCUGAUGCUCCCAAAAAUAGUCAUAAAUUUCAAACACAUACAUUUACGUCACCAACAUUCUGUGAUCAUUGUGGAUCUCUUUUAUAUGGUCUCAUACAUCAAGGUCUUAAAUGUCAAUGCUGUGAUAUGAAUGUUCAUGAGAAAUGUCGAAAAUUUGUACCAGACUUAUGCGGACUUGAUCAUACUGAACGUCGUGGUCGAAUACGCUUAAUUAUUAAAUAUGAACAUGAAAAUAAAUUACGUAUUGAAAUUGUUGAAGCUAGAAAUUUGAUUCCAAUGGAUCCAAAUGGUUUAAGUGAUCCUUAUGUUAAAAUAAAAUUAAUUCCUACAACACCAGAUGCAUCAAAAAAACAAUAUCAAGUUAAAUUUAAAACAAAAACUGUUCGUGCUACAUUAAAUCCACAAUGGUUUGAAAAAUUUACAAUUGAUUUAAAUGACGAUGAUAAAGAUAAACGACUAGUGAUUGCUGUUUGGGAUUGGGAUAGAACAUCGAGAAAUGAUUUUAUGGGUUCACUUUCAUUUGGUGUCUCGGAACUAAUGAAAGAAUCAGUUCAAGGUUGGUUUAAAUUAUUAAGUCAAGAAGAAGGAGAUUUUUAUGCAGUACCCGUACCUAGUGAAGAGGGUAUCAACAGAAUUAAACAUUCUACUGGACAUCUUAUAUCAGAACGUUCAACAUCUAGCUCAAAGAAUGAUUCAGGAGUUGAUGGUGGUGAAAAAUUAAUUGGACGUACAAUAUCUCAUGUAGAAUCUAUUAAAGAAACAGAUUUUCAUUUUAUAAAAGUACUUGGUAAAGGAUCAUUUGGUAAAGUUGUUCUAGCUGAACGUAAAGGAGCACCCGAUGAAUUCUAUGCGAUAAAAAUAUUAAAAAAAGAUAUUGUUGUGCAAGAUGAUGAUGUUGAAUGUGUAAUGAUUGAAAAACGUGUAUUAAUGUUACAUGAUAAACCAAGAUUUCUUGUUCAACUUCAUUCUUGCUUUCAAUCAGAAGAUCGAUUAUUUUUUGUUAUGGAAUUUGUUAAUGGUGGUGAUCUUAUGUAUCGCAUACAACAUGAAGGAAAAUUCAAAGAGCCAGUUGCAUGUUUUUAUUCGGCUGAAAUUGCAGUUGGUCUUUUUUAUUUGCACAAUAACGGAAUCAUUUACAGAGAUCUAAAACUGGAUAAUGUUUUGUUAGAUAGAGAAGGACAUAUUAAAAUAGCUGAUUUUGGAAUGUGUAAAGAAGGAAUCAUAAAUGAAGUCAAAACAUCAACAUUUUGUGGAACUCCAGAUUAUAUUGCUCCCGAGAUUAUUUUAAAUCAAAAAUAUGGGAAAAGUGUUGAUUGGUGGGCAUAUGGUGUUUUACUUUUUGAAAUGCUUGCAGGACAACCGCCCUUCGACGGUGAAGAUGAGGAAGAACUUUUUACAACUAUUAAAGAUCGGAAUGUAUCAUAUCCCAAAUCGAUGUCAUUCGAAGCUAUGAAUAUUUGUAAAGGAUUAAUGACAAAAACUCCUCAAAAACGCCUUGGAUGUCAUCCAAUAGAUGGUGAACGUGAAAUAAAGGAGCAUUCAUUUUUUCGUCGUAUCGAUUGGCAAAAAAUUGAAGCACGUGAAAUUCAACCACCAUUUAAACCUAAAAUAAAAGAUCCUCGUCAAGCUGAAAAUUUCGAUAAAUGUUUUACAAACAAUCCAUAUAAAAAGACAGAAUGUGAUAAACUUGUACUUGCUUCAAUAAAUGAUGAUACGUUUCAAAAUUUUUCAUGUUAUAAUCCACAUUUCAUUGGUGGUACCAAAAAAUGA